AUGGCGAUUGCCGGGGAUUCCACCGCCGAGCAAGCCCCGGACACCGUUCCCCACGAGCCCCCGGAGGUAUCCAGCGGGUCCCCGGACCAGCCUGACCAUGGUGAGGUCGAUUUCGAGGAGGAGGACGGCGACGCGGAGGAGCUGGACGGGCCGGCGGCGUACGAGGAGAGGGAGCGGGCCGUGCUCCGUCGCCUGUAUGCCGAGCCGGUCGGCAUCCGCGUCCACGACAUCAUCAUCGAGGGAAAUUUCAAGACCCGCGCCGAGCUCAUCGAGGCGGAGGUCGCCGACCUCCUCCGCUCCGCCGGCACCGUGCAGGACCUGGUGCGUGCCUCCACCCUUGCCAGCGCGCUGCUGCGCCGCCUCGACGUGUUCGAAUCUGUCUGCAUCACCCUCGACGCCGGCCCGCACGAGUUGCCUGGCACCGCUAACGUCCUCAUCCAAGUCGUGGAGGCGGGCACCUUCGGUGGAUUUGGCUUCGUCUGCUACUCCAGAGCACAGGCAAGAUCAGGGUCACUUGAAGGGUCGCUCAAAUUGAGGAACCUGUUUGGUUAUGGGGACAUCUGGAAAGCUUCAGGAGCAUAUGGAUGGCAUCAGUCACCAGAGCUAGGCAUUGGAGUGUGCCUUCCAAGAUUGAAAUCUAUACCAACACCCUUGACAGCUCGGGCAUCAGUACUUUCCCAAGAUUGGCUGGAACUUUCAUCAUACAAGGAGCGUCUGCUUGGCCUUUCAUUUGGCUUACUUUCAACCAGGCACCAUGAUUUGUCUUACGAUCUGACAGGGCGUACCUUAAGUGAUCCCUCACAAAUGGCAUCAAAGUCCGUAAGAAGGCAGUUAGGACACAAUCUGCUUUCUGCAUUGAGAUAUACAUAUAAAAUAGAUCAAAGGGAUUCAGAACUCCGGCCGACAAAAGGAUAUGCAUUUGUCUCAACUUCUCAACUUGGCGGUUUAUGGGACAGAAAAGGACUAAGAUUCUUCCGCCAGGAGUUUGAUGUUCGCGGGGCUGUUCCAUUUGGAUUUUACAACGCUGCCCUGAAUCUUGGCAUAUCAGCAGGGGUGAUUCUACCAUUGGGCAGAGGAUUUAUGGAAUUAUCUUCACCUGUCCCUGAUAGAUUUUACCUUGGAGGCCGUUCUUCUCCCGUAUGCAGCCUUGGUAGGCUAUCAUCUCUGCUGGGUUUCGAAACAAGAGGAGUUGGCCCAUCAGAACCACGGAGGUUUGUCCCAAGCGGCUCUGCUACAGACGAUUCUGCUGCCUCUCCAGGGAGGGAUUACUUGGGAGGUGAUCUUGCUGUAUAUGCCUUUGCUGAUCUGUCCUUUGAUUUGCCUAUAAAGCUGUUCAAAGAUACUGGAAUACAUGGUCAUGCAUUUCUUUCUGCUGGAAAUCUUGCCAAGCUGUCUGAGAGUGAGUAUAAGAAUUUUUCAUUUCCUGAGUUUCGGCGGACAUUCAGAAGCUCUGCUGGUAUUGGCAUUGUACUGCCAACCAACCUUUUCCGGCUGGAGAUAAAUUACUGUUAUAUUUUGAAGAAACGUGAGCAUGAUCGUGGAGAGACUGGAAUUCAGUUUAGUAUCUCUGUACCGUAAUAGACCUUUGUGAUCAAUGCAGCAACUUCUCCUUGCCUGUUGAAGAAUAUUUCACCAGCUUCUUUGCUGAAUCAGCCGUUUAAGAAACAGGAGAUCAGUCCAUUCAUCAUCAAGUUGUUUUUUUGGUUUCUCAUAGUAUGCCGGAGACUUGGAAGGUUGUUAGUUGCUGAGUCGCAAACUCCUCUUUUUGGAAGAUUACCUUUCAUCGUAUUGAUAUGUCUCCGAGCUGUCGCUUGGGCACAUCAGAUACCAUACCAUAACCCUGAUGACGACUCUUUAAAUGUGGUGGUUGAUACUUAGUAGUAGAUUAAUGUGUGUUAGCAAGAUUUCUAUUCCAUGAAGAGUUGGAGAACAUGGCACGCAUUUGAUUUCUCGUGGUACGCCUGAGAAUCGGAAGGUUGUUAGAUGCUGUGUCUACUUCUGGGAGAUUACCUUUUCAUGGUGUUGAUCUGUCUCCAAGUUGUCA